AUGAGUGAGCCAGUCCGCCAAGCAACCACAAACUCAUUUCCAAUUGAAGAUCCCGAGUUGGCUCGAAAGUUAGCUAAGAUCGAAGCGUUCAUCCAACGAAUUCCUGGGAUGCCGGCUCCAAUUAAGAAGAGUGCAGCAAGCUGUUAUGCAGACUCUCCAUUCGUAGACGAAAUUGCACUAGUGGAAAUGCAAAAGAAGUUCAACUUCCCAAAUAUGAAGAUGUUUGACGAGACAUCUGACUUGGAUGAUCACAUCGCACAGUAUAGGCAGAGGAUGUUCACUGUUGCCAUCCCACGUGAUAUGAGGGAAGCAUGCAUGUGUAAGGGAUCAGAGAACAGAAGAAGGGAGUACAACCGGUCGUCUGAGACACGUUUGCGAGAUGGACCAAAGAUACCAGAAUACAAUCUUUCAAUCUCACCAGCUGAAGUCGUUGGCAUACUGAAAGGACUCGGAGACAAAGUGAAAUGGCUGAAAAAGAUGAGGACUCCGUCUGACCAGCGAGAGAAAUCAAAAUGGUACAAAGGCAAAAGAACAUUCCAGCAGGAGGCAGACAGGUCAGUCAUCCGAAGAGAAAUAACCCCGCCGAAGCCAAUUACUCAUGAACGAACAUUGAACGUAAUAACUGGUGGCUCUGAGGUAAGCGGAGUCACCCAUUCAAUAGCCAAAAGACAUGCAAGGCAGACCAACUGGAUCAAAGGAGAGUCCAGCGGGAUAGAGAAGAAUACCAUCAGCCUACCAGCUCAAACCAUCAGUUUCUCAACAACAGAGUCAACCAGACUCCUCAACCUACAUCAUGAUGCUCUUGUCAUUGCACUUUACAUAGCUAAUUUUCUUACUAAACGUAUACUUAUUGAUAAUGGAAGCUCAACUAACAUUUUAUUUUUAAGUGCUCUCAAGGAAAUAGGGAUAGAUGAAUCAAAGAUCAUAAAGAACACUACAACCCUCAUCGAUUUUAGUGGAGAGCAAAGGAACACACUAGGAGAGAUCGAGCUACGUGUUUAUGUCGAAGGAGUCAAUCUGUGCACAAGAUUCUUGGUAGUAGACUCUCCGUCUGCUUACAACGUGAUACUAGGUCGACCAUGGAUACAUGAAAUGGAGGCAAUCCCUUCAACAUACCACCAAGUCCUAAGGUUCCCAACUAAAUGGGGAGUAAAAGAAAUUAAAGGCCAACAGAAAGACUCAAGAGCAUGUUACCAAACUACCAUGAAGGCCAAACCUGCUUAG